GAACUCUGGGAUAUCUCACGGAAUCACGCACAAUCCUAAUAGUCGGCGGAGAGUCUAUAAACCGCACGAGAACCCCUCCAUGGUACGACUUACCUCCAUGCGGCUUUUCCGGCCGAUACUGCGUGUAUCGCAACAACCCAGUCGAACGCACUUGCUACUUCAGCGGAGAAAUAUCCAGACUUCAAGGCAAUACCAUUAUGCGGACGAGAAGCCGCAGCCGUUCAAAAAUCAAUUGUACGAAAGUACGCAACAGCGGUUGCGGCGUGAGCGCGCAGAGCAGGAGCGGUAUGCCCAAUACCAGACUCAGUCGCAGGGUGGUCGCUAUGCAGCUAUGGUGUUCGCACUAAUAUUCUUUACGACUGGAGCAUACUGGCUAGGAUCAAUGAGACCUGCGGAGCUCCCGAAGACUUCCACAACAAAACUAUAUGAACUAGAACCUCCGCGGCACGAUGUUUCACCGUCAAACCUGCAAGCCGCGUGGGCGGAUUUUGUUGAGAUUAUAGGAAAGGAGAAUGUCUCUACGGAGCAUGCAGAUCUAACCUCGCAUGCAGGCUCCGACUGGUCCUCCUAUAAAACCAAGGAAGGCGAGAAACCGUUCCUUGUUCUUUACCCGUCAAGUACGGAGGAAGUUUCUCGUAUCAUGAAGGUAUGCCAUCAACGCCUCAUACCCGUGACACCGUACUCGGGCGGAACAAGUCUAGAGGGGCACUUUGCUCCCACGAGAGGCGGGGUGUGCAUUGAUUUCGGUCGUAUGAAUCGCAUCCUGGCAUUACACAAAAGUGAUCUGGAUGUUGUAGUGCAACCCGCACUUGGCUGGGAGGAACUGAAUGAAGAGUUGGCUGGGGAGGGCCUUUUUUUCCCUCCGGAUCCUGGCCCUGGCGCCAUGAUAGGUGGCAUGGUGGGCACCGGCUGUUCGGGAACAAAUGCCUAUAAGUACGGAACUAUGCGAGACUGGGUUCUCUCGAUGACCGUUGUUCUUGCGGACGGGACGAUCAUCAAGACGAAGCAGCGUCCGCGAAAAUCGAGCGCCGGCUACGAUCUGACGCGUUUGUUCAUUGGUAGCGAGGGCACGCUAGGGCUGAUCACAGAAGCCACAUUGAAGCUAACAGUUAAGCCCAAGAGCCAGAGUGUUGCUGUUGCAAGCUUUCCUUCAGUCCAUAGCGCAGCUCUGUGUGUCACCCGAGUCGUGGAGGAAGGAAUCCCCGUUGCAGGCGUCGAGAUUCUGGAUGAUGUGCAAAUGAAAUGCAUCAAUGCCAGCGGAACCACAUCCAGGCAAUGGAAGGAAGCACCCACGAUCUUCUUCAAGUUCGCCGGGACACCAAACGGCGUCAAAGAGCAAAUCGGAUUAGUUCAAAAGCUCGCAUCUUCAUCCCAGGCCAAAAGCUUCGAAUUUGCGCGAGGUGAUGAGGAGAUGCGCUCUCUCUGGAGUGCUCGCAAAGAGGCUCUCUGGAGUGUCAUGGCUAUGAGGCGAGGUCCAGAGGACCAUGUAUGGACGACAGAUGUGGCAGUUCCUAUGAGCAGGCUUCCUGACAUUAUUGAAGCUACAAAGCAAGACAUGACGCAGAGUGGGCUACUAGCUGGCAUUUGUGGCCAUGUCGGGGAUGGAAAUUUCCAUGCAAUCAUUUUGUGGAAUGAUGCGGAAAGGCAGACCGCAGAGGGUGUUGUCCACCGCAUGGUAAAGCGAGCUGUUGAGAUGGAAGGCACUGUGACUGGGGAACAUGGUGUUGGCCUAAUAAAACGAGACUACCUUCCGCAUGAACUGGGGGAGUCAACGGUGGACGCUAUGCGACGGCUUAAACUGGCUCUGGAUCCCCUUCGCCUACUGAAUUGUGACAAGGUUAUCCGAGUUGAGCAGCCAAAGCCCGGGCAGGUUAAGGAAUGGUAGAGUUUGAUAGGUUCCUAGCAGAUUAUUCGCUACAGCAAUCCAUAAGCAGCUUUCUAAAUACAUAAGCAGCUUCAGACUCUGCGAUUAGUACCCGUAACUCCUGUCCUCAUCACCACGCUGGCCGUGUUCGCCUUGCGAAUAUUUGCCGUAGUUCUGUCGUCUGUAACCGUCUUGCGAAUGGUAUUCAUUCCGAGAGCCAUAGUCAUCGCGAGAUCCAUAUCCACCUUGAAGUUGAGAUCCUUGGCGUUCGUAUCCUUGAGGUUCGUAUUCACCUUUGGAAGUGUAUCCAUACUCAUCAUGACGGACGUGGCCGACAGAACCAUAAUCACCGCGCGAGCCAUAUCCAUCACUUGAUGCACCAUAUUGACCAUGAGAUUCUCCAUACCCGCGAGAGCCAUACUCAUCGCGAGCGCCAUGACUGCGUCCAGAACCAUAACCACCGCGCGAGCCAUAUCCAUCACCCGAUGCACCAUAUUGAUCAUGAGCUUCACCAUAGCCGCGAGAGCCAUACUCAUCGCGAGCGCCAUGGUCAUCACGAGCGCCGUGACUGCUU